AUGGCGGAGAACCUCCAGCUUGAAACUCCCUUCAGUGCGCCGAGUUUCCUCAACGACGAAAUAUAUACUCUAAAGUGGAGUGCUGCAGGCGCAGAUGAGCCACCCGACAUCAAAGGUCUUCCUUCCAUCGAGCAUGCUCUUUAUCUAUAUAACACAGUGAAAUUUCACCUUGGCCAGAACUAUCAAUUUCUCGAUGACGAGGUAUUCGUCCAAAAUGUCAACGAGUUCUACUAUGGUAAUCCUGUCCAAAAAGUAGCCGAGUCGCGGCUGUGGUUUGUUCAGUUUUUGUUAGUCCUGUCCUUUGGGCAAGCCUUUCUUUCGAGAUCAAAAACCCCCAAAGAGCCGCCAGGCUCCAAGUUCUUCAUUCGUGCGAUGUCACUUUUGCCUGAUCCGUCGUUGUUGUGGAAGGACAGCCUUCUUGCAAUCGAGGUUCUGGCCCUAGCCGGUCUCUUCCUCGACGAGACUGAGCUGACGUUCAUUCCCACAUUCGAGGUUGCCCAGGCAAUACGGAUAGCCCAGUUGGAAGGCCUCCACACCCAGCUGCCUGAAGAAGCCUUGGGAUCUGACACAGUAGCCCGCUGUCGAAAGCUGUGGUGGACUCUUUACAUCAUGGACCGCCACUUUUCAUGCUCAUUGGGCGUUCCGAUGAAUACUCAGGAUAUUGACAUUACAACUCUGCUCGAUCCGCCCAGCAUGGCAUCACCUCAGGACACAACUCUGGGUUUGAGAGUAAAGCUAUCUCAUCUGCUGUCCUCCAUCAUCAACACCGUUUACAAAUCUGAAAAGACGCCGUUAGGCAAGUUCCUUGAGGAAACAAAGUCAAUUCUACACACUCUGGCAGGACAUGCCCAGGAGAUCGAAAAGAUCACUCGUGUCAAAUUCCAAAACUCGGUGGACACAAUGCCAAAAGGAACGAGAGAUAUUACUCUUCUAUAUCAUCAAUGCGUGGUUAUCGCCACACGGCCACUACUUCUGUCAGCGCUCAAACAACAACUCGACCAUUUUGGCCGAGGACUACCGGACAUGGAGGGCUUCAUGGCUCCGCUUAUCCCGUUGAUGUCAACAGGAAUCAAGUCUGCAGUUAAGACACUCCAGAUCCUCUCCGGAGAGGACACUCUAAUUGAAGUCUUCCUUCCUUUCGAUCUUGAGUACGCAUACGGUGCGGCGAUUCAUCUCACCAUUGCAAAUGCCUUAUUUCCGUCUACAACCGAAAUAGACGGGCCAGCACACGGCAGAGAAGCACAUGCAAUCUUGGAUGACAUGAUCCACAAGGGCAACUCCGUGGCUGAAGUACGCAAAGCUGAGUUGACUCACCUGGAAUUUCUUUUCAAUGAAUUUGCCAUGCGGGUUAAUCAGCCUGACGUUCAACCCUCGAGGCCGCUUGUACGAUCGCUUCAACUGCGGCCAUUCCCAAGUAUCUGGGAGUCUUCAACCGCGGGACCUGAUUUGGCUUCCAUUACUACGCUCAGCGAACCUCAGCCCCUAGUCUGCGCACCAGAAACACCAAAUAACGCCGAGUUUCUUGAUAGUAUCGGAAUAUCAUCUGAUGACUUCUUGUCCAUUGUGGAGCAGAUGGGUAAUCACGACGAUGCGGAUCUACCCUUUGCCAUGCUGGAUCUGUCUCAAUUCUGGAAGUAG